AGCAGAGGACAUGGUUAGUCCGCGAAGAAAAUGGCGUUUCUCUGUUCAUCUCUUCCUUCAUACUCCUCUAUCCCCAUUUUCAGCAAGUCAAACACGCAUGGAUUCCGGUCGUCCUCUUCCUGUAGACUCCGGUUACGACCGAUAUCUACCUCGCACGUUCUUGCUCCAUCGAUCGACAGGUCAACUAUCGUCAUAUCCGAAACAGUGUCGGAGGAGGAGCUUUGGGCAGCAGCUUGCCUCCGCGUGCGGACCUUCAACGAACUCAACCCUUCUUCUUACAAUAUCCAAGAUCACAGAAGAUACUUGGCAGAGCGCGAGUUCGAGGCGCUUAAGGAGAGAGUUUCAGGAAAGAGGGAAGGUUUUACGCGGGUGUCCUGCGUGAAUGCUACCCUUCCACUGUCGCAGCUAUCAAACUCUUCUGAGGAUUUAUGCUCUGCGUGUAAGUUCUCUGAUGGGAUAGAAGAUAGAGUUGUGGUGGGGAGCCUUGAUCUUAACCAAUGCCGUUGGCUUCCUGAUGAAAUCGCUGGUACAAAACCAGAGGGGAUUAGUGUGGAUUUUGCGAGGGCAUACUUGAGCAACGUCUGUGUUGCGAAAGAGCUGCAUCGUAAUGGAGUUGGAUACAAACUCAUUGAAAAGUCCAAAGUAGUUGCUAAAGAAUGGGGAAUAACGGAUAUGUACGUGCAUGUGACGGUGGUCAAUGAAGCAGCGAAGAGGUUAUACAUGAAAUGUGGGUUCGUGCAAGAGAGUGCUGAGCCGGCGUGGCAAGCUCGAUACCUCAACAGGCCACAACGGCUCCUCCUCUGGCUCCCCCUCCCAACUACCUCUUGAUUCAUGUCCAAAUGUAAAUAUUUUCAUCUUAUCAAAUGUGUAUACAUGUUCUUGGCAUUGAAUUAUAUAACUCGCAAGUAGAAUCACACUUUUAUUUCAAGGUUGUAAUGUUUUCUUUCUCGUCUUAAAAUCAAUUCCUUGCACAAUAUAUGAUAUUUUAACCAA